GUGAAUUGUGUGUGUUAGCAGCUAACCAGAAACCACUCGCUCAGCAGCAGCAGUGCUACUAGCUAGCCUUGCUAAGUGAACUCCGCUUUAAAAUUUGGAUGUCGUUAUUUCCCUUUACUAAGCUUCAGGUGCACAUCCUUCAUAAACCGCUUAGCAAGACAUUUCCGCAUCUAAUUCAGCAAUUCUCCAGUCCGUUUUUUUCAAGUUUAAGGAGUAAUGACCAGGUACAGAGAUCUUCAUGUGUACCAGCUGGAACAUCCCACCCAGGUCAUUGAAUGGACAUCAGAGAAGACCGUCUGUGUCGCAGGAUGUAGUUUGAAGAAAAAUGAAAUUUUGGAGCUUCGUUUGCCCCUGAGACUGUUUGCUGAAGAAAAUAAGGGUCUCUGUGCAGAGCGGGAUUUCAAAGUUGUUCAUGGUGGGUUUACAGACGGACCUGUUCGCUGCCUCAGACACAUCCCAGGAACAAGGUGUCUUGUGACCAAUGACGGGCUGAGCGCCGAGCUGCAGCUGUGGGGCCUCGGAGGAGACGACAGCAAUGUGAUCAGAAGAACAGGAAGCAUCGAGGGCAGCAGGAGUGUUUUGGAGUGCGGCAGCAGGAUCGCCGUGCGAGACUCAUCACGGCCACAAGUUCUUCACGGGGCUCAGAGCAGUGGCGUCCAGCUGACGGAGCUGAGCUCAGGACAGAUGCUGUACAAGCUAGACACAGAUGCAGCAGAUCCUCUGAGUUCCCUACAGUUUGUGAGUGACAGUGUUUUCCUCGCCAGCUGCUGUAACGGGAACAUUUACGUCGCUGACACUCGGACAUCUGCUGCUCCUCAGCUGUAUCCUCCACCAGCAUGUUCAGGUGAAUCUGUCUUCUGGUGGACGGACGCCUCCUCUGGUCCAGACCUGUCUGGCUGCAAGGUCAUCAGACUCUCCUCGUCCGGACAGGCCAUGGUGUCAGACCUGAGGAGCCUGGAAGGAGCUGUGAGUCAAGCUCAUCUGGACAUUCAGGCAUGUCACCAUGGCCUGGAUGUCGUCAGGGUGUCCUGGGCUCCAGUGCUGGACAACUGCAUCGCUUUGUCAGGGUUCAGUGGAGCGGUUCACAUCUAUGACACAUCAGUUUGGACGACGGAGCUGCAGGAAGCUCAGCUGCUGUUUGAACAUCGUGGUCAUGUGGUUUCAUUGCAGUCCGAGGACGCCGUGCCCGUCUUCAUCACCUCCCAUGUCUGGCAUCCUGAUCGGCCGAGGACGUUACUGUCUGCAGCUUCAGACGGCUCCGUCCACGUGUGGGACUGGGUCGACCAAUCAGGAACAAGAGCUGAAGUAAACAAACUGAAAGGCUCAGUUCAUCCAACUCUUACCUGUGGCGCUGUCUAGCUCUGGAUGUUUGACUUCCGAGACAACUUCUUCUAUAGACAUUGCCCAUGUCAAAAUUGCUGAUAGUGUAACACGGACCUGGUUUCUGCAAAGAGAAGUUACAGCUGAAUUGUUGUUUCAGUUCUCGAAGGAGUACAAAAGAACUGGAUUCACCUCUGUUGUAUUAACAUUUAAGCAGACAUUUAGAAAAAAAAAAUCUUAAUCUGCAUAGAGAGAUAACAGCAGGGCAAAGUGAGAAAAUUUGUUUUCAUUAUUAUAAGCAUAAAUUUUAUUGCCAAUUAUCAAAAAUACAAGGAAUUUGACUGCAGCCUAAAGUCCCCUGAUGUGCACAGCAAUAAAAACAAAAGUUAAAAGAGCAAACACUGACUACUAAGAGUACUUAUCAAGUACUUUUAUCAGUACUUUGUAUGGACGGGUACUCAAUCUGAAAAAGUCAGUGCAUCGCCACCACACAGAAAGGCCCCAUCUGGACGGCAGGGUUGAACCUUUUGGUGACAGUGCAUACCGCUGCCCCACCGAUACAGAUACAUGUAUAUCUGCUACAGGUUAAGAGCAGUUAACGUAGCAGCCUAGUAAAUGUAUUCAACUACUUCUUGGUGCUAGUGUACACAAACAUAAAACUCUGCAGAGGUCAGCAGUGUGCAUUCACCCAGCAUAAGAGGUGCUGUCAAUGCAGAAAAAAAAUAUUUACUGAAAAUAUUUAUUUUGGUCAUGAUUAGGCAGGGGACAAUAUAUCGAAAUUCAAUAUACCGUGAUAUAAAAAUGUCUAUCAUUUUGUCUAGCUAUAUAUAUAUAUUUAUAUAUACAUGUGUAUAUAUAUGCACACACACACACACACCUCUAUCAUGUGGUCUCCAUUAACCAGCAACUUCCUAUCUUCAUUCUUUUGUAAAUAAGAAUAAGUCAGUAUAGCUGGUUGUUUUUUACAUAAUCAAACCAGUGCUAGAAAAAAAGAGGAGUAAAGUAUUAAGUAUCCUGCAGCUAGUAAUACAUUCUUGUCAUUGAAUUUUUUAAUCGUAUCGAGAAAAGUCACAUAUCUAGUAAUGAUGAAAACAGUGACCUGUCACACAGUGUCACUACUAAACAUACGGUGUCUACCAGGUCUGCAUUUGACUAAAAUCCUUUCAGUGAUUCAGACUUUUGGCCAAACAAGCAGACAAACACACACCAAGGAGAUAUACUGUCAUGAUUUCAAUGAAAAUAUUAAAUUUGGGGUGAAGUAGAAAUUUGUCUGGUUCUUGGAACAACCCAAUUUGUUGGCGAGUUUUUGAAGU